GGGCGGCUAUCGGCGCUGUCCCCGCCAGUUGAGCGACAAGAGCGGCGGCGACAACACCGCCGAAAGUGAAUCUGAAUCUGAAGCACAGCCCCAAUCUCUGGGACGCCACAAAACACAACAUGUUGCUGACCCUGAUCGCCGGCGCUCUGGCCUUGCUCCUGACCUGGGACUUUGCCCGCAAGCGCCAGCGAGUCGCCGCCUUCGAGAGCUCAAAGAUCAGGGGGCCGCUGGCGCUCCCGAUCCUCGGCUGUGGCCUGCAAGCCCUGCACCUGGGGGCCGAGAACAUCAUCCAGUACGUGGGGGAGAAGUUCGAGCAGUACGGCAAGACCUUCCGCUUCUGGAUACUCGGGGAGUCCCUCGUCUACACCAAGGACCUCAAGCACUUUGAACACAUCCUGGGAAGCACCACACUGCUCGAAAAAGGGCAGCUGUACCAGUUCCUGCGGCCCUUCCUCAACGACGGCCUGCUCAUGAGCACGGGCCGCAAGUGGCACUCCCGGCGCAAGGCCUUCACCCACGCCUUCCACUUCUCGGUCCUGGAGCACUACGUGGAGAUCAUGGACCGGAGCAGCGCCACCAUGGUGGAGAAGCUGCGGCCCCUUGCGGACGGCCAGACGGCGGUGGACAUGCUCCAGUACGCGUCCCUGGCCGCCCUGGACGUGAUCACAGAGGCUGCCAUGGGCGUGAAGGUGAAUGCCCAGAACGACCCCGAGUUCCCCUACAUCAAGGCGCUGAAGAGUGUGGUCUACAUCCAGCCCGACCGCAUGUUCAAGUUCUCGCAGCGCUACGACUGGCUCUUCCCCCUGGCAGCCCCCCUGCUCCACCGGAAGCUGCUGGCCGACAUCCGCGCCAUGCACGACUUCACCGACAAGGUCAUCCGCGAGCGGCGGGAAACUGUAGAGCGGGCGCGGGCGGACGGCAGCUACAGGCCACUGAGUCUGGGUGACGCAGACCUGGGGCGAAAGUCCCAGAUGGCCCUGCUGGACAUCCUCCUGCAGGUUUCCUUCAACGGUGAGUCCCUCACGGACGCCGACAUCCGCGAGGAGGUGGACACGUUCAUGUUCGAGGGCGACGACACCACCAGCAGCGGGGUGUCCCACGCCCUCUACGCCAUCGCCCGCCACCCGGAAGUGCAGCGGCGCAUCCACGAGGAGCUGUUGCAGGUCCUGGGGCCCGACCCCCACGCCCCGGUCACCCAGGCCCAGCUGCACAGCCUCAAGUACCUGGACUGCGUCGUGAAGGAGACCCUGCGCCUCUACCCCUCGGUUCCCGCCAUCGGAAGACACGCCCACCGGGAGAUCAGGCUCGGAGAGCAGACCAUCCCGGCCAACACGAGCAUCUACCUGGUGCUCUACUUCGCCCACCGCGACCCAGGCUACUUCCCCGACCCCCUGAGCUUCCGGCCCGAGCGCUUCCUGGAGGGCGAGGAGGAGGCCCGCGAGAACUUCGCCUACCUGCCCUUCAGCGCGGGCCCCAAGAACUGCAUCGGCCAGAAGUUCGCCGUGCUCGAGAUGAAGGCCCUGAUCAGCAAGGUGCUGCGGAGCUACGAACUGCUGCCCCUGGGCGAGGAGCUGCGGCCCAUGAUGAACUUCAUCCUGCGCUCCUCCUCGGGCAUCAACGUCGGGCUGCGACCCAGGCCUUGACGGAAGGAUGCUUUCUCCUAUGUUUAAGGUUAGGUGUAAGGGUUUGGGUUACAGGAACUGGAGUCGCUCUAGUCUAAGUCUAAGAACUAAUAAAUGGUCUUGUGGAACGGUA